AUGACCAAAACUACCUCGGAAAAAGAAAGACACAAAUGGAUGGGUGCAAAUGCGGCUGCUGCUGCUGCUGCUGCCGGUGGUGGUGGUGGGGUAUGUAAAAGGCACAUAGGGUUGGCGCCUCAUGUGAUUUCGUAUCAGUUCAAACCACAUAGAAAGCAAGUGAGGCGAAGGAAAAUCGGGUGA